AUGAAUAAAGGUGAUGGCCAACAACCGGAAUUUAAUCCCAACACCUCGAUGGAAUUUGAAAGCAGAGGCGACAAUGAUGUUCACGAAUAUCCGAUUAAUUUAAAGGCUUCUUCUUCGGAGCAACGUGAGUUGAUGAUCGGAAACACUCAAAGUUGUCAUUCAACGGAGGGAUUACCAAAAAACAAUAAUGCCGACACCAGCAAAAGAAAAUUAUCAGCCACUAAUAUGUUUCUUCCUAAGCAAGUACUCAUCAACCAAGCAGAAAGAGUAAAUAAUCAAACAAUUCAGAAAUUUACCGACAACUCUGACAAUACAACCCUAUCAAACAAAGCUAAAUCAAGUCUGCCAAUUAUGGAAUACAGUCAAUCUGUGAUAGGAGCCAUAGAAGAACAUCAAGUUGUGAUAGUGACAGGUAAUACAGGAUGUGGUAAAAGUACACAGGUCCCACAAAUCAUUUUCAAACAUUAUCUGGAGAAUGGAGAUGUUAGAAGAUUAAAAAAUGUAAAAAUUAUUUGUACACAACCUAGAAGAAUUGCUGCUACGAGUUUGUCACGGCGAGUGAACUCAGAAAUGAAGAAAUACCUCGAAAAGAACCAUUUAGAUAAGCUUUUUCACCAUCGUCAAAUAUCCGGUUAUAUCAUUGGAGGAGAAAAUAAUAUUGACAAUGAUACUCCCAUAAUAUUUGCCACUGAAGGUUGUUUAACUCAAAUAAUUAUGAAUUUACAAACAGGCUCGAAAGGGAUCUAUGAAACCUUUCAUAACCAUUUUUCACAUAUCAUUUUAGAUGAAAUCCAUGAACGAAAGGUGGACACUGAUUUAUUACUUUACUUUGUUAGAGAAAUUGUGAAAGUUAAUCCUAAUGUUCGAGUUAUUAUAAUGAGUGCUACCAUUUCUCAUCAAAAGCUGUGCCAAUAUUUUGAGACAGUGUUACUGGACGUAUACAACAACGUUGGAAAGAAUGAUGAAGAGAAAAUUCCAGAAUCCCCUACUAGUUUUACAGAAUUUUUAUCCUUCGAAACUCUACAAGUCAGCAGCAAAGUUCCAGUCAUUCACAUUCCCAGUGGAUGCUAUCCUGUUCAAGAAUAUUUCAUUGAAGAUGUAAUUGACAUGGUUUACUUGAAUGCACAUAAUGCAGCCAAAAAGAUCUCAAACUAUAAUUCUCUUUUAACAAAACCUUUGAAGCCAGGAAUAACACUAGAGAGAAGAAAAUUAGCGAUAUCACUCAUUGCAAAGGUCCACUCUACUCAUUUGAUCAACGAAGCGAUUCUAAUCUUCUUGCCAGGAAUGGUAGAGAUUGAAGAUUUCAUGGAUGAUUUAGUCUCACCAUAUAUUACCAUGGAUGAGUGUCCAUAUGAUAUCCAUAUUUUGCAUUCUCUGGUAGCUGAACUGGAACAAGAUGCAGCAUUGUUACCUCCUAAACAUGGAAAAAGAAAGAUAAUUUUGAGUACUAACAUUGCGGAAAGUUCAAUAACUGUUCCAGACGUCGUCAUUGUGAUAGAUUUUUGUUUGUAUAAGGGAAAAUUUUGGAAUGAAUCAUGGAAUGCAGAAGUUAUGGGAGUCAAUUGGAUUUCGAUUCAAAGUGCAAAGCAGAGAGAAGGAAGAGCUGGAAGAGUCUCACCAGGAAUUUGUUAUAGGAUGAUAACAAAAAGUGAAUAUGAAUUGUUAGAUGAGUCUGUAGUUCCUGAAAUUCAACGCAAACCUCUUACAGGUGUUAUUCUUCAAAUUUUAAUGUUUACGGGAGCGUAUGAAAAAUCUGAAACCGUUCACACAGAGAGAACGCGAAAAACCAAAUAUCAAACACCUUCUGAAGUUUUAGGCAAAUGCUUAGAUCCUCCAAAAAUGGCAUUGCUAGAAAAUGCUUAUACUGAAUUAAUUUCUUUGGGAGCCAUAAGGCCCAUUCAUGAUACAGUUGAAGUAGGAAGUGUUAAUGACAAGCCAAUUGUCGAGCAAUAUGAACUUCAAGAAUCAUAUCUUGUUACAAAAAUUGGCAGGUUCUUGUCUCUAAUGCAAAUUGAACUGAAGUUAUCUUUUCUCAUUCUCUUAGGAUAUUGUUUAGGAGUUUUACCUGAAUGUAUAAUUACUGUGGCCGUUCUUUCUAGGUCUGUCCCUGUAUUAGCUUUCUCUUAUUUAAAAAUUCUAACAGCAAAAGCAUUAUUCGCGUUUUCUAACCAAUCUGAGAGUGAUAUUAUUGCUGCAAUUCAUGCAUUUAAUAGAUUUAAAGCAGUAUCGCUUCUGAAAAAAGAUGGUAUUUUACGACAACGAGAAUUUGUUGAAACCCUUCAAAUAGAAAUGAUUUCUGGGAAAUCUGUAAUGGAAAUUGAUUCUCUCGUUGCUCAAAUUUGUCACACUCUCUUUAAACAUUAUGGAAUUUUCAUUGAAAAUCUCACUCCCAAAUCUGCAACUUCGCACAAAAGAAACACCAAGAAAAUUUCGUAUUUACCUCAAAGUCUCAGUGAAGAAAAGAUUAUGAUCAUCAAAGCCUUAAUUUCUAGUUUGUACUAUGAUCAAGCAGUUGUAGGAGAGCUAGAAAAAACACAUACUAACAUUCCUAAAGAAAUCGUAUGUUCCCUCAAGCUCCGAAAACAGAAGUUAGCUGUUGACAAAGAUUCACAGAAAAAUUGGAAUGAAACACUUUCUGAGCUGUUGAGAUUUUUUGAUGGUGGAAUUCUAAACUGCAAAUCGUUAACAGUAAGCCCCAACAAAAUUUCACUUUCGUACCCAAUACCUCACUCCGAUGAAGGUCUUUUGUUGCCCUAUCCACCCAAUUGCAGACAGGAUCCACUAUUUCCAGUAAAACUUUUAGCUAGAACAGUAAGAGGAUCUGCUCAAGAAAAGGGUAAAGAUGUUCAAAUAACUCUUUCUCAAGCGAAGCAAAGUAUAGUGUGCUUAAGAGAUGAUUCAGAUGUGUAUGGAGUUUUUAGAACAUUUCCCAAGGAUUUGAUCAAAUCACACGUUCUGAAAUUUCUAUCAGUGGAAGCCAAACCAUAUCAAAGAAAAGCAAAUUUUUUACAUCCUCAAAUGAGCUCAACAGACAAAGUCAUAAUAUCACGCGAUUCUGUGGCAUUUCCGUGGAUGGAUUUGCAGCACAAAAAAAAGAUACUGAUUCCCUCCAGUAUUUCAUUGAAGGAAAUGGGAAUUGUCAUAGAAAAAAAUACUAUUCUUCCACCUAUUCAAGGAUUUUACGAAAUGAGUUUAUUACUAUUUGUACCUUUGAUUUACCCUCAAAAGUUUUAUACAUAUGCUCCCAAAGUUGAAGAUUUGGAGAACGCAUUCGAAAUUCGAGUUGGAAAUUUCACACAAAACAUGAUGAUCUCUGCUAUAUCGAAUGAAUUUUCCAGCCUUUCUGAAGAUGACAAGACUCGCGCCAUACUAUUACAAGAUUCUCACAAUUCAAAUGUGUUCCUCAUUCCACACGAAAACCAUUUACAAUUUCAACUACAACAUAUUCGAUCUGAAAUUAACCAGAAAAUUACAGAAUUUUUCUCAUGUGAAGAAACACACAAUAUUGAUACAUUUCAUGCAACUUUUCAAACAAGUAUUUUACAACUUUUGAGCUACUCACCAAAUUUCAUUAUACACCAAUGUGGUUAUAAUCACAAAAUAGCUAAAAUUUUGAAUAUUGAAUCGACAACUGGAGAAAGUAUCCAAGAUAACGAUGAAGAAAACACUAUUUGUGGUACCACCAUUUUAAGAAUGUCUGAAAUUGCUAAAAUUUCAGACAAAACUUUAAAAAUGAUUGCCGAUCGAUGCAUGGUCUCUCCGACAGAUUCAUCGAUCGAUAUUAUAAGAAGAGGACGAUCUACUAUUGAACUAAAAUACGCAUUACAACAUCAAUUUACACAGGCGAAGUAUUUGCUCUUGAGAGAAAUUAAUAAUGUUCAUUCAGUGUUUGCACAUCCCAAACAAGCGUUCGUUAUGUUUGAAGCAUCAAAAUCGAAGGUUGCCAAAUUAUUAUCUUCCAAAAUUUUUUUCUGCAAAUAUGAUGAUUUUACAGGAAAAAACAGAGAUUUUUUCACUAUCAAUGUCAUUAACUUCACAUCUAAUCACCACACAAAGGUCAUUACCAUUGAUGAACCAAAAGAGCAUCAAAAAACCAUGAAGAUGCUUAAAUCUGAACUUGUAUCAGAAAAAUUGACAAAUGGAGGAUUUUUAGUUGAACGGUUCGCAAUAAGACAUAUAUAUUCUGCUUUCAAAACAGCUCAACCCUCCUUAGAUCAGAACAAAAAUUUUACCACCAUUAAUGCAUAUUUUGGAAAGCAAGUAUUUUAUUCAUCGAGAUUAGGUUCAAUCAAAAUUGGUCAAUCUCAAAAAAGCUUGACUUUAAAUGAUUUCAGAAAUAUGAAAAUUGGAAAUGAGAAUGACCUAAAAGCCAUGUUUUUACCUUAUGUUGAUUACUGCAGUCACCCCAAGUGGAACCUAACGAAAGCAUUUGUUGAAUCUCUAACUGAUGCUUCCAAGAAAGUUAGCUUCUUUUCAGAUCCUCCAUUGUUCCAGCCUCUACUCUCUCAAGUUAAACCUAAGUUGGGAAGUCAAGGUGAAUUCAUUUCAAUGAGUAUUGUUGACAUUUUAACAAAAUCUCGAUACUGCUUGAGAUUUACAAUUAAUCGAGAAAUGGUAUUCACAGAGAAUGAAAUUUACAUGUACAAGUGCAAACUCGAGAAGGUUAAACCACCCGAAAACAAGUUACUCUAUCUUUCUUGUGUUUCUCCCAAUGUGGUUGAAAGUAAUGACACAGAGGAAUCAGUGAAAAACAAAAACUUGAACUCGGUAGAUGUACGCUUUUCCAAAAUUCUUCAAAAUGUUGACGAGAGUGUUGAUAGAACUUCAUUAAGGCCAGAAAUUUUACAAUUUGCUGACAAUAUCUGGUACGACGACGACAAUUAUACAUUAUAUUAUUUAUAUGAGGACAAGGAAAGAAAAGCUUACUCAGCUAUUGAUCUUGUGGAGUUGAAUUUAGCCUUUGGUAGCACCAUUCCAGAUGCCAUGUCAAGCAUUCGUCAACAAACACCUCUUUCGACGCUUUCUGUUGAUUCUGCAAGCUACAACAUUGAAGAACAGAUGCACGAGACCUCAACCACAUGUAUUCUUACAUUCCGACAUGGAGUGGACAUUCUCAAUCCAUUCAAGAGGUACAGCACAACAACGGUUCACGUCACUGAUGAAAAGUUGAAACACUGUGAUCUUUCAACAAGUAAUUCCAAUGUGAAACACUUCAUGAAGAAAGUUCUAUCUUGGAAACGUAUCAUUAAUCGUGAAGAAGAGAGAAAAUAA